AGUGAUAUUGAUUCAAUGCCUCAAAUUCGACCGAGGAAGAAAUCUAUACCCCUGGUUAGCGACCUGUCUUUGGCUGCGAUGAAAAGACAAGCUGGUCUCAGUUCAGCCAUUGUGACCAGACAAUCACUGAAUGAUGAAGAACUGAAAAUGCAUGUUUAUAAGAAGACUCUACAGGCCUUAAUUUACCCCAUAUCAAGUACCACUCCACAUAACUUUGAAGUGUGGUCAGCAACAACCCCUACCUACUGCUAUGAAUGUGAAGGCUUACUUUGGGGUAUCGCACGCCAGGGUGUCAGGUGCUCAGAAUGUGGUGUCAAAUGUCAUGAGAAGUGCAAAGAUCUUUUAAAUGCAGAUUGUUUACAACGGGCUGCCGAGAAGAGUUCUAAACAUGGAGCAGAAGAUAAAACACAAAACAUUAUAAUGGCCAUGAAAGAUAGAAUGAAAAUAAGGGAAAGGAAUAAACCUGAAAUUUUUGAUCUUAUUAGAGAGGUGUUUAGCGUGCCUAGUACUGCACAUUCAGGGCAUAUGAAAGCAGUUAAGCAGAGUGUAUUGGAUGGUACGUCAAAAUGGUCAGCCAAGUUAGCGAUCACAGUGGUCUGUGCCCAGGGACUGAUAGCCAAAGACAAGUCUGGCACCAGUGAUCCUUAUGUAACAGUUCAAGUUGGAAAAGUGAAAAAACGAACACGCACAGUGCAACAGGACUUGAAUCCAGAGUGGAAUGAAAAAUUUUAUUUUGAAUGUCACAAUUCUUCAGACAGAAUCAAAGUUAGAGUAUGGGAUGAAGAUGAUGAUUUAAAAUCCAAAUUAAUGCAGAAGUUAACUAGGGAAUCUGAUGACUUUCUGGGGCAGACUAUUAUAGAAGUUAGGACACUCAGUGGUGAAAUGGAUGUCUGGUAUAAUUUAGAAAAACGUACAGACAAAUCAGCUGUUUCUGGUGCAAUUCGUUUACAUAUAAGCAUAGAGGUUAAAGGUGAAGAGAAAGCAGUUGCUCCAUACCAUGUACAGUACACCUGCUUGCAUGAGAAUCUUUUUCACCAUCUUUGUGAGACGCAGAAUGGGAUGGUAAAAAUUCCAACAGCACGAGGAGAUGAUGCAUGGAAAGUCUACUUUGAUGAACCAUCACAAGAAAUAGUAGAUGAAUUUGCAAUGAGAUUUGGAAUUGAAUCAAUAUACCAAGCUAUGACACAUUUUUCAUGUUUGUCAUCUAAGUACAUGAGUCCUGGUGUUCCUGCUGUUAUGAGUACUCUGCUGGCCAAUAUUAAUGCUUUCUAUGCCCAUACAACAGCCUCAAGUGCCGUAUCUGCAAGUGAUCGAUUUGCAGCAACUAACUUUGGGAAAGAGAAAUUUGUAAAACUGCUUGAUCAACUUCACAACUCUCUGAGAAUAGACUUAUCAAUGUACAGAAAUAAUUUUCCUGCAUCCAGCCCGGAGAAAUUAGCUGAUUUAAAAUCCACCGUAGACCUGCUAACCAGCAUCACAUUCUUCAGAAUGAAGGUGCUAGAAUUGUCCAGCCCACCGCGUGCUGCCACUGUUGUUAAAGACUGUGUCAAAGCCUGUUUAAAAUCUACGUAUCAAUAUAUCUUUGAUAACUGCUAUGAACUUUACCAGCGAGAAUUUCAAACCGAUCAAAGUGAUCAGCCCGAAGUAAGUGAAGCUGAUGCAGCUAAUGGUCCAAGUGCCAAGAGUCUGGAUUUCUGGCCCAAGUUGAUUUCCUUAAUUGUUUCCGUUAUUGAAGAGGAUAAGAAUAGUUACACACCUGUGUUAAACCAAUUUCCAAAUGAGCUUAAUGUCGGGCAGCUGAGUGCUGUUUCCAUGUGGAGCAUGUUUGCUCAGGAUAUGAAGUAUGCUCUUGAAGAGCAUGAACAGCAAAGACUAUGUACCAGUGCAGAAUAUAUGAAUCUUCAUUUUAAAGUCAAGUGGUUAUAUAAUGAAUAUAUUGGUGAAAUAUCACCAUAUAAAGGAACUGUUGCAGAAUAUCCUGCCUGGUUUGAGCCAUUUGUAAUGCAAUGGUUAAAUGAAAACGAAGAAGUGUCAAUAGAAUUUCUCCAUGGUGCUUUGGAUCGAGACAAAAAAGACGGGUUUCAAAAGAGCUCAGAACACACAUUAUUUUCAUGUUCCGUAGUAGAUGUUUUUACUCAACUUAAUCAAAGUUUUGAAAUUAUCAAGAAAUUAGAAUGUCCCGAUCCUGAUAUUAUGAGGCGCUAUAUGAAACGAUUUGCCAAGACAAUAAAUAAGGUGCUGUUGGCUUACGCUGGUAUAGUGUCUAGAGAUUUUGAUAAAUACUGUAGCAGAGAAAAAAUAUCAUGCACAUUAAUGAAUAAUAUACAGCAAUUAAGGGUUCAGUUAGAGAAAAUGUUUGAAGCCAUGGGAGGAGACAAACUCGAUCCUGAUGCAGCUGAUAUACUGAAGGAAUUACAAGCUAAACUAAAUACAGUAUUAGAUCAGCUUAGCCAGGUAUUUGCAACCAGUUUGGAGCCACGAAUACAAGAGAGUGUACAACAACUAAGUGGCUUAUUAAGUAAAGUGAAGGGUGCUGGUAACGUGGCGUUGAGUCAACCUAGUCAACGUAACAGUGUUCAAGCAGAAUCUGAUGUAGUACUUCGACCAUUGAUGGAUCUUCUUGAUGGCAGUUUAACAAUGUUUGCACAAACAUGUGAAAAGACAGUUUUAAAAAGAUUAUUAAAAGAAUUAUGGAAGAUAGUUGUUAACACGAUGGAGAAGACUGUAGUGCUCCCACCUAUGACAGACAUAUCGAAAAAUUCUAUCUUGGCCAACCUGAAUCCUGCCUUGGUCAAGAUGCCCAUGUCUUUCCCAGCAUCUUUGCAAGGUGCAGUGCAAGGGGUGGCAAGUCAGGUCAGUGCUGGUGGUGGCCUUAUGAGUUUCGUCACUUCAGAUAAGGAUGUUGGACAGGAGAGCAGUAAAAAUUUGACACCAAAGCAAUGUGCUGUUUUAGAUAUGGCACUUGAUUUAAUCAAGCAAUAUUUCCAUGCAUCAGGUAGUGGGUUAAAGAAGACAUUCUUAGAGAAAAGUCCUGAUUUACAGUCCUUACGUUAUGCUUUAUCUUUGUAUACACAAACAACAGACACACUGAUCAAAACUUUUGUACAAACACAGACUUCACAAGAUCAACCUAGUGUAGAUGAUGCUGUAGGUGAAGUUUCAAUACAGGUUGAUUUAUUUACACAUCCUGGUACAGGCGAGCACAAAGUAACAGUUAAAGUUGUAGCAGCCAAUGAUCUUAAAUGGAAUACAACUAGCAUGUUUAGACCUUUUGUAGAAGUAAAUCUCAUUGGUCCACACCUUAGCGAUAAACGACGAAAACAUUCCACCAAAUCUAAAAGCAACAACUGGUCACCAAAAUAUAACGAAACUUUUCAUUUUAUUCUGGGUAAUGAAGAUGAUCCCGAUGCCUAUGAAUUGCAUAUAUGUGUUAAAGACUAUUGUUUUGCAAGGGACGAUCAUUUGAUUGGUGUAGCAGUCAUGCAGUUACGUGACAUUGUGGAAUGUGGCAGUUGUGCAUGCUGGUGUGCCUUGGGACGAACUGUUAAUCUUGAUGAUACUGGUUGGACUAUUCUGCGUAUUUUGUCUCAGCGUACCAAUGAUGCAGUUGCCAGUGAAUUCGUUCGGUUGAAAUCUGAAAGUAGGACUGAGAGUGGAGAUGCGUAGAAGAUUACUAAUAUCAACGAGGUUGCUUUGACCUUGGUGCGAAUGUCAGUAAUAGCCAGUAGCCAGUAUUAUCACGUUACCCUACAUGAGGGAUGGACUUGCCACUGAAUGUCAAGAACAUGAUUACCUCUGUGAUAUUCACAAGGUGACCAUUCUUUUCAAAUUGCCAACUGUGUUUAAUACUAAAUCAAAUUAUGUAGCUGAUGAUUUACAGAAAGAUGUAUCUUUGUCACCGCCACUGGGAUUACCAGAUUAUCACCCUGGUGUACCAGAUUAUCACCCUAGUGUACCAGAUUAUCAACCUUGUGUACCAGAUUAUUGCCCUGGUGUACCAGUUUAUUGUUCUAGUGUGCCAGAUUAUCACCCCUGAGUGAACCAGAUUAUUGCCCUGGUGUACCAGAUUAUUGCCCUACUAUACCAGAUUAUCGCCCUGGUGUACCAGAUUAUUGCCCUACUAUACCAGAUUAUCGCCCUACUAUACCAGAUUAUCGCCCUGGUGUACCAGAUUAUCGCCCUGGUGUACCAGAUUAUCGCCCUGGUG